AUGUUGGCAGUGACAGCCGAGUGGAGGCGAGUGAAGAAGCAUGGCCACGAUUAUAUUCUAUUUUAUUACCGAUUUUGCAUUGACGUUUUUCUCGGAUGUUUAGUCGCAACAUAUCUCGGCUUCGUAAUUCUCUACAUUUGGUGCCCACGACGAUUAUCAGUAUACAAGCCGAUUCUGUUUUAUACAAGUCUGUUUUCUUCAAAUAUCGGCGCAGCGCGAUCAAUUAUUAGUUUGGAAAUAUUAAUAGAAAGACUACUGGCCGCAUAUCUUCCAAUAUGGUUCCACAACAAUCGCGAGAGCCUUCCAACAGUGUCCAUAUUAGCCUUCAGUUUAUGUUUCGGCAUUUUUGAAGAUGUUGUUUUAUUCAAAUAUUGCAACUUUGAACUUGGUCCAAUGCAAAAUUGUGUGGCUUUUGGAUGUGCCGUAAACGGAUGCUUUCGGAAAUAUUGGACCACACAUAAGACAGCAAUUUUCGCGUUUACCGGCCUCUUCUCAUUCAUCUUGUCAUGCAAGCUGUUUGUUCUCAACAAAUGCGGCGAGCGAUCCAUCGCUCGAAGGGAAUUGUCGCAGGCGAACAAAUUAGCACUUAUCGAUGGUAUCACAACAUUUUUCUGUGAUUUUGUGCCGUCACUUAUUGCCAAUAUCUAUGGGAAUAGUUUAGCUAUGUCAUUUGAGAAUCUCGGCCCGUAUGGCGCCGCCGCCAAACUCUUGGGGUGUGCAGUUGAAGCAUUUAUGGUGGCUCGAACGAUUUUGAAGAAAUCCGAAUUAAUUAUAAAAGCUAGUCAUCAAAAUAAAUCGUGA